AUUUCAGAUAACCUAUUAACAAAUCUUGUACACGAAGCAGUGGAAUGGGACAAAGAAGCAAACCACAACAAACCACCCAGUCAGAGAUCAACCUUACAUCUACAUGCUCUAUUAAAGGCUAUCAACAGCUGCGGUGUGUGUUUCAACGUAUGGGAAAAAAGAAAUGCUGACGGGAAGGGGAGUGGAAGCAAUGAUUUCACCAGUGUAAUGGGAUCGGAUAAGAAAUUACUGCUGCAACAUUUGCCUGCAAAGCUCAAAGGCGCUAUUAAGCCCCAAACGAGUAAUACAGUUAUUAAACUGUGGAAGGUAAUUUGAAGUCACACAAACUAUGGGUUCACCUCAGUUAAUGAACCUGUGAUCUUGUUUUUGUUUUACCUGUAGCCAUUAUUAACCUAGGCCCUAUUAUGCUGACUUAUUAUUGUGGUUGUUUUAUAUCAUUUCGGAGUGUCACAGGUUCUUACAAAGAGGAUAUUAACUACAGACAAUUUGGGAGCAAAGAGAAUUUUUGUUCGUUUCUCUUUUGCAGUCAUUUGAUGAAAUCUACAAACUGAUUAACACUGAUAAACCUUCAGAACAGCAAAUAACAGAAUAUUUCCUCAAGGUAUGGGUGACUAAUAGCACAGCAGCAUGUCAAAUGGAUAUCUACAGCAACUAGACUGGUGUUUUUAACAUGUAUUGGUGCACAUAAUUUUUUUGACAAAAUUCCUGUGUGAAACUAUAUUUCCAUGUUAAACUACUGCAGGCAAAAGAGUGGGUUGAGACAUUCACUUCUCUUGGCUCUUCAUGCCAAGGGUACACUAAGGAAAAGGUAACACCAUACAUGCACAGUAUGGUGUACCACGUACCAAGGAUGAUGACUCUUCACAAAGGAGUAAGGAAAUUUUUUGGGCAAGGU